AUGAGUAAUUUUCUUGGCAGGCUUCGUAGGAAAAAAGACAAAGAGCCAAAUGGUCAGCCAUCCACGUCUUCAGAUGUUAAUUAUCAGAAUGGAGACGCUCAUCGAGAUUCAUUGAGUAACGAUAAUAUUUGUAUUCCCACUACAAGGAAAGCUUCAUUAUCAGUUCCAGAGCCAUCUGCUGAUAUUGGCAGUGGCUCCGAUCACGAAGGAAUUCAAGUGAAACAAAAACCCCAAUUGGCAUCUUCUCUGGAUCGAUUGCUCACCGAUUCCUCAGCUCUUUCCUACUUCAUACAGUACCUCGACUCUACCGACAAACUGAAUUUAAUCAAGUUUUGGAUGCACGUCGAAGGAUUCAAGUCGAGCUUUUCAGAGGAAAUUCAGGCAGCUCAGGAGUUGUCCCUCCGAGAUGCCAAAAGUAUAUAUGACAAAUAUGUGGAUGAUGGAUCGACAAGCUCUUUGGCCCUCCCCAGAAAAAUCAAGCAGAUUGUAGAUGAUAAUCUCGCAAUGGUUCCACUCCAGAAAUCCUGUUUCAAUGAAGCCCAAUCCUUUGUAAAGUCGCUUUUUGAAUAUCGAUAUUUUGACGAAUUCCAAAACAGUGUAUACUACAAAAAACACGAAUUAGAAGUGUUAUCGGAUGGAUGUAGUCUAGGAGAUAUCCUCAAAGUUCAACCACUUCUUCUCUCGUUUUUGGAAUUUAUUAAAGAGAAAGAGGAUCACGAUAUGGUUCAAUUUCUACUCGGUUGCGAGAGUUUUGAAGCGAAUUUGGAUUUGAUGGAGGAUUCUGAAGCACUUGGAGAUGCGAUGGCUCUUUAUGAAAAGUAUUUUUCGAUGCAGGCAACCAAUAUGAUCGAUUUAGGCGGAGCAAUUCGAGCGGAAAUCGAAUCUUUGAUUUGUGAAGAAUCGGGAAGACCGAAUAGGAAAGCAUUUCGAACUGCAAAGACUGCCUGCUUUUUUAGAUUGCAUGAUAAAUACCUAUCGGAUUUUCUGAAAACUAUCUUCUACCACAACUACCUCUCCGAACUGCAAUCUAUGAUUGAUUUCACGGUGGAGCUGCCUCGACAAGUCAGAAAUCGAAAAGCAAGUUCAUCGGACGUCGCCUCUUCGACAGACUCGCUAACACACGCAUUCUCACGACAUUUAGAAGUUUUAGAGAAGAAAAUGAAUGUUAAAGAUGAGCAACAAACGCCUACUGGCUCGCCGAGUCCAUCGAAAAGAAGCACUCCGAGGAGUAGUCGGCUGGCGGAAAUUGAUGAAAUGGGAAGGUAUCAUGCGCUUUAUGAUGAUACACAUUCACAGGCUCCACAGAAACCAAUGAGAAUACGAACCACUCUUCGCAAAUAUCUCGAUAAAAAUUCGCUAAAAGAGGAGGAGAUCGCUGAAGAAGUCGCCCGGACGAUAAUUCGAGAUAUGCAAGAAAUGGUUGCUUCCUCGGACCCCCCGAAUUCACCUACUUCUUUUUGA